UCGGGGGCCGAAGGGAGGGGAAAGCGCGAGAGAAAGCGGCGCCCCGGGAGAGGCGCUCCCGCCCAGGUGCAGCCGAGGAGGCGCGGGGCGGGGAGAGCGAGGGAGGCUGGCAGCCGGCGGGAAGGAAGAGGCAGGCACGGCCCCCUCCGGCCCGGCGGCUUCUGGUUUUGCGCUCGUCGGCAGCUCGGAAACUUCGGGGCCGCCCGGGUGGAUGGGGGAGCAGCCGAUCAAACUUGGUUGUGUAUGUUUACUGCAGAGGACACCUGUGCACUGCGCUGAUUGGCUUGGAAGCCUCUGUUGGCACCCCUCCUUCACCCCUCCACUCCUCCCUGAAGCAAUUUCUCAAGGGGCUGGUGAGAGGAAUUUGCACACGAGACCCAUGUGCUCUGGGCAGCAGACGGAGACCCAGCAGGAGAGGGGAGUGGUCUAACAUCCCACCCGCCCUUCCUCCAGCCAUGGAGCAGAUCAGUCAGUUUUUCCACUCGAUCUGGACUUUCAUCCUCUCCAAACACCAGGAGGGGGUCUACAACACCGUCUGCCUGGCUGUGCUUCUGGGGCUCCCCACCCUCGUGCUCCUGGUCGGCAUCUUUGUCUGUUGCCACUGCUGUUUCUGUGGCGGUCAGAGGAAGGACAGCGGUAGCUACAGCACGAGUGAGAAGAGGAGAAAGAAGAUGAGGAGGAGAAAGAAGGAAGAGGACCUGUGGAUUUCUGCGCAGCCCAAAGCGCUCAUGCUGGAAAAGAGGCCAUCGCUGCUGGCCUAGAGAAAGGGAGGGAUGGACAGGAGCUUGUGUGUCUUCACACACACACACACACACACACACACACACACACACACCUUCUGUUAAAUGUCUCACAUUGCACUUUGGGCCACAUAGCCUAAGACUGAGGACAAAUCAUGCUGGGUCCCUCCCCUUUAAGCACUGACUUUCAGCUGUUUCCUCCUUUUUCCUUUUUAUAAAGGUGUUUGGAUUGAAGAAGCUAUCCUGGCCCAUCACCUGGGGAGUCUUCAGUUGGGCACACAUUUACAUGCACACUGAUGAUCACAAACAGGUGGCGUGAGCUAACAGCCAUGCCAGCAGACAUACUAGUCCAACGUGUACAUAAUGACUUGCUUAAACAGACUUGCCAGCUUUUUGCAGUUAAGGAACAGGUAUCUGUGACUCUUAAACAAGCCUUGGACUGGCACUAGCACACUAUGCUCUGACAAACUACCACAUGUACUUAUAAACCAGCGUUGUCACCAUAUGCAUACCCACAGGGACAGAGGACUUCUUCGAAAGGUUUUAUAUGGGCACUGGCCUAGAUGGCUUUAAGAGGGGAUUGGUGGAGCGGGACAAGGCCAUCACUGGCUUUCACCCUCAGUUUCUCAAAUUAGGUCCCCACUGUUGUUGCACUACAACUCCCAUCAUCCCUAGCCAGCAGGGCCAGUGGUCAGAGAUAAUAGUUGUAGUCCAACAACAAUGGGGACCCAGGUUUGAGAAACAGUGGCCUAAGGGAUCCUCUAGGUUUCAAGGGAGUGUAAGUCUUUGUACCACACGCCAGGAGACAAAUAAUGAGAGAAGGAGGCGACCUUAACACCCUACCUGUGGGCUUCCUGGAAGCACCUUGCUUCCUCACUGUUGGAAACGGAUGUGGAAUUGCAUGCACCUUGGCCCUGACCAAUGACAAGAGUCCCAUAACCCUGAUGCCAGAUUUCACAAAUCCACCACAGUAUCUGCCCAAAAGGCUAUAAUUAGGGCUUUGUGUACUCCCUAUUGUUGCCACAGAAUUCCAUAUAACCAAGAAUCUCAACUCUUCAACGGGUUCUAGGUUUCUAGCCCACAGUCUCACGAGUCUGGUUAAAUCUUGGGGAGGGGGCCUUGAGCAGGAUUUCUAGGCAGUGAGGUUCAGCGCCUCCGUCCCUCCCUUUUUUCUUUUUUUCUUCCUCAGCUUUAGAAGUGGUGUUCCAUUUCCGUCUUCAUCCCAAAGCUUCCUUUCCUCUCUGAUCCUGGACAGAGUUUCUUCCCAGGUUCCACACAGCAGAUCAAAGCCUCCCUCAAGCCCAUAUCUAACUCCCUGGAGUUACUGACUGUCGCCCUGUGUGUACUUACCUAGGAGCAAGCCCCUUUGAUACGAUGGGACUGGCUUCUGUGUAAACGUGAAUGGGGUAGAGCUAUGAAACUCGUUUCUUUGAGGGCCUCAUACCCAUCAGCAUAUCUAGGAAUUUGGGAGAAAUUUCAACUUGGACCAACAUUUCAGGUCGUCGUUAGGUGGAAUGCUAACGAAUUCCCUGACAAGGCAACUGCUGGUAUAUUUUUAGAUACUCCUAGGAAGUCCACCUGCUGAUCUGCCCUAGGCUUAGGCAGUGGUGCAACUAACUGCCUUUCUUUCAUCAAUACUUGUCCUGUGCCUUGUUUUCGUAUAUGCAUUCUGAGAUUGCCCUUAUAUUGCACACUUUAUGCACACAUGCAAAACAAAAAAGCACCCAACCCAACAAGCCUUUUAUUUAAAAAAUAAAUUUAUUUAAAUGAAA